AUGUGGACUGUGACACCGCGCAGUAUCUGCCGGGACCAGCCAACCACCUCCACUCAUAGCCAUCUUUUUGUUACAGCAGACAACGGCCAGAAAUCCCCAAACAAAACUGUAGACUUUCUAAAUAUAAUCAAAGACGAUCUACGGCGUAAUAAUGAUGACUACGCGGCGUUGGAACAUAACCUGUUUCUGGAGACUCCCGCUAGUGAACCGCCCCCGAAAGAGGAGCGCCAGCAGCCUGUGUCACUGCCACAAGCCAACCGCAUCCCGGUCGGCGGCAGCGAGCUGCGGCGCCCCAGUUCCAGCCUGGGCCUCAGACUCGUGUCUCUGCCAGGAGUCCCACCACCGCGGCCAGGCCCCGCCGCCACUGGAGCACGUCCCGCACACCUUGUAAGCCAGCCCAGCCGCGUAGUACCACGCAAACCUCUAGGCGCCCCGCCCCACCGCCUCCAACGCCCGCGCCCGGCCCUGCACGUCCCCAUCAAUACCAGGCGAGGUGUCAACAUGACCAUGAAGAACGGCACAUUUCACUACGGCCACAUGCCUCCUAACGCCACUCAGUUCAGGAGUUACACACACUCCAAGCAUUACAAAAAAGUUCGCGUCGACAAACUGAAACGGCUCGUGGAUAAGGGGAAGCAUCGAAUGAAGAAUCAUGCCGGCCGGACUGGGCCGGACACCGCCAACGAAGAGCACGGUGCACCUGCGGAGAAGGCGGUGGAGGGCGGUGAUGAGGCAGAGACUGAGGCGAACACUCCUGAGAUGGAGCACGAGGAAAGGACCACCACGGAACACACAGCGGGUACUGAGGACACGCCGGAGACCACGACGCUGUCGCUGGGAGAGUUGCUGGCGACGACGGACCGCGCCCACCAGGUGAAGAAGGACAUCGGGCACGAGCUGAGCAAACUGCGCCAGCACGAGGAGCACCACCCGCAGUCUCCCUCGCCCGACCAGCUCGACAUGGCGCCCGCGCGGGGACCGUCCAUCACGCUCAUUCGGUUCAAGGGUCGGCUGUGCCAGCGCAGCAUGCUGAACAUGGAAGGCCCCACGUACGGCAAGGACGGCAACAUGGUGAUUGGUGCGUACGACCCAGAGAACGCGAGGGGCUACGAGUUCGACGACACCACGCCCGCCAACCCGAUCCUGCCUCGCUGCUGCAACUGCUGCAAAAAGUCCGUACUCGGCUGCCAAUGACGAGAACUUCACACCAUAUACUGCAUUAUUCACAUCAAUACUUAAGUCACUUACACCCAAAUACUGAAAUGCUACUCAAUUUUAAAUUGUACUUAAAUAUCGUGCUAUCUCUGUCACUCUAUAAAGAAUUGAUAGAGACAGAAUUAGUCUUGAGAGCGUCUUAAAAUUGAGUAGCGUUUGAGUAUUCGGACAUUAGUUUUACUAAAUAAAUUAUAAAGAAACACUUGUAAAUCUAAAUAAA